CCCAAUCCACUCCUCACACACAUGGCCCACAUGGCUCUGGCAGCUUAGGUAUCAAUCGCCGACUUAUUAGAGCAGCGCGGCGUAAUUCGUUACUUUUUCGAGUAUAGAUAAACAUGACUAAGAGUAAAAAGAAGGAGCUCACUGUCGGCGACGACUUUGAAGUGCCCAAAGGAAUGCCCAAAUCGGGUCGCUUCUGGAAAACUGAAAAGAAAAGGUUCUCCAGCAUGCGCCAGGACAGGCCCUUGAAGACGUCGUGGAAGAUAAAACAGCAGCAGCGAGCGGAGAGGAAAGCGCUGCUGUCGCUGGAACGUGAGAUCAAAGAAGCACGGCGGAAGGAAAUCGAGGAGAAGAAGAAACGAAGAGAGGAGAACCUCAGACGGCGUGAGGAAAAUGCCAAGAAAGCAGAAGUUGUGCAAGUUAUCAAGAACAUUGCCAAGAUCAAGAGGAUGUCGAAGAAGCAGCUGAGGUACAUCAAGAAAGCGGACACAACGGUAGUUUCGAAGGACAAGCCGAAGUGAUGGAUGUCUGCAGAUAUUUGUACAGAUUUAUUUGUAAAAUAAAACGGCCUUCCAACAUGUGA